AGAAGAAUCCCUUGAUCAAGUUAUUACAGAACAAACACUUCACAGUUGCUUGUCUUUUGCCGACUUGAUAACAAAAUGCCCAAGUUACCAGUCAAAUUUUUAGGCCAGACAAUUUAAGGUGUUCGUAUAGGGGAGAAAAUAACCAUAUCUACCUUAAUAAAACCACCACAUCUUCCUCCAUUUCUCUGCAAAAUCAAAGCAUCAAUCAUGACACCAAGAGACAUAUUUGCUCAUCUAGGAUCCAUAAUUGCCAGUUUGAUGUUUGUCUGGGGAUUUUUCCAGCAAUCCUUCCCGUAUCAGCUUCGAAACUACAUUGAGAAAUACUCUCAGAGAUUGAUGACUUUUGUGUGCCCUUAUGUUCAGAUUACCUUCAAUGAGUUCAUUGGGGAGCGUCUGAUGCGUAGUGAAACCUACACUGUCAUUGAAAACUACCUCACCUCCACUUCCUCCAUGCAAGCAAAGCGGCUCAAGGCUGAUAUUGGGCGGAACAGCCAGUCUCUUGUGCUUAGCAUGGAUGAUCACGAAGAAGCUGCGAACGAAUUUCAAGGAAUCAAACUCUGGGUGAGGAACAGACAGAGGAACCUGUACACAAACAACGGAUCCAGGUGGAGCCAUGUGGUGUUUGAGCAUCCAGCAACGUUUGAUACUCUGUCUAUGGAGCAGGGGAAGAAGAGUGAAAUUGUGGAGGACUUGAUUACAUUCAGUAAGGCUGAAGAGUUCUAUGCAAGAAUAGGAAGAGCAUGGAAAAGAGCUCUUGAUAGAAAAACAUCUAGCAAAUCUGUUAUUGUGAUCGAGGAUAUCGACUGUUCCCUUGAUCUCACCGGACAGAGGAGGAAGAAAACAGAGAAAGAACAAGUACAAGAAGAAACCAAGGAUCCAAAGCAGAGGCCUCCCAAAGAUGAAAGAGAGAACAGAACCAAUCAGGUUACUCUUUCAGGGCUACUGAACUUCAUCGACGGGCUAUGGUCAUCUUGUGGGGGAGAAAGAAUCAUUGUUUUCACAACAAUCAUGUCAAAAAAACUCGAUCCAGCUGGUGAUUCGGAAAGGAAGGAUGGUUAAACAUAUAGAGCUGUCAUACUCUGGAAAUGAAGCAUUCAAGGUGCUAGCUAAGAACUAUCUGAAACUUGAGUCACACCAUUUGUUUUCCAGGAUUUCUACGCUGUUGCAAGAUGCCAGGAU